CUUCUCGCAGGGCGUGGUGGGAUAGUAGUCUCCUCGGGUGGGAGGACUGGAAACAGUGCCCCAGCUGGCUGGCUAGCAGCGGCAGCAGCAGUAGCAGAGAAGAUGGCUGCAGAGGGGAUUUUCAGGCCAAUGUCUGAAAACAGAGCACCGUUUGUCAUGUUCAGCGACGACUAGCCAGCGUGUCACCCCCAGGUUGGUCGGAUUCGGAGGGGAUACAACAACAUGGGGUCGCAGACACUACAGAUCCUGAGGCAGGGGGUCUGGGCUUCAAUCACAGGCGGGUGGUACUACGACCCCGAUCAAAAUACAUUCGUCAACGCUUUACAUCUCUAUAUCUGGCUGUUUUUGCUAUGUUUCCCCUUCACACUAUACAUGGCAUUGCCGCCAACCAUGGUGAUUGUGGGAAUCUACUGUGGUGUGAUUGCUGCCAUGUUUCUGCUGCUGAAGACGGUGAAUUACCGCCUCCACCAUGCCCUGGAUGAGGGGGAGGUGGUGGAGCAAGCCAAGGAGACGCAGGGCAGCAGAAGCGGCACCGAGGGGGCUAAUGACGGCGGUGUCACCCGUCGGGAGGACAGCAACGGCCCGGGGGACCCUGGAGGGGGUAUUGAGAUGGCAGACUUUAUCAGGCAAGAGACUCCGCCAGUCGACUGCAGUUCCAGAAACUCCUAUAUUGGGAUGGAGUCUAACCAGCAGAUUGCGUCCAGCCAUGGAAGAGCAACAGGAGCCAAAGGAGAUGUGGGAAAGACUUCAGAUGACAUCAGUUUGACUCUUGUAGAGAGCUGCAGUCAUGAUCAUGAUCUGCUAUCAGACGCAAAGAUGUACUGCCUUGUUCCCAAUGACUCCUUCGCCUCCUUGCAGCCCUCAACCUCCUUGUGUCCUUCAGAACUGUCCAGAGAGCCUGCUGAUCUCUGUAACUCUGCUGCUUAUCACUUCAGCCUGUCACACUCUUCCUGUGACACCGAGGUGACCACUCAUGCAUCCAUGCAAUCUCAGACCUUUAGAAAGGAGCUCCGUUCUCGGGGCCUACCUCGGACUUCCAGCUCGGCGGGUUCUGCUUUUCCUGACCCGUGUCUACCAGACUUUGCUCUAUACCCUCCACCAAGGAGAGGUGGCCUUGAUCCUGUGUGUGAGCUGGAAACUGCCAGGCCACACAGGCCAGGGCUGUCUGACAGAGAGGGGACCGAGCGCCUUUACCAGCAGGACCAAGCUGUGGCCUCGACAUCGGGAAUAGAGUGCUAUAGACACAAAGAACCACGCAGAGUAGCCCGCUCAGCCUCCAGGGAGGCUGGGGAAGGUAGCUCAGGUCUGUACCAGGUGGAGGUUGGUGGUAGUGGGAAAGGCUCUGGUAGAGGAGGAAAGUCCCACGGAGGGGAGCGCAGUGCUGACAGCCUACGGAGCCUGAGUACUCGUAGUAGUGGCUCAACUGAGAGCUACUGCAGCGGCACAGACAGGGACACCAACAGCACUGUCAGCAGCUUCCACAGUGAACAGACCAGCUCUACACAUGUGGAGAGCCUGCUCUCACUUUCAGGGGAUGAGCGUGUACGGGACAGAGGAGAUACUGCGUCUGCUUCUGUAGACGGCAGGACUUCUAGCCUUGGCAGUAUUAGCUCUCGAGGCCUCAGCAACCUACCUUCUAGGGAGGCCAAUAAAAACCCUCAUGCCAAUGAACUGACUGCUAAACAACCUGCUGACACUCCGUCCUCAGCAGCCCAAGAGCUUGUAGAACCUAGCAGGUGCCAGGAAGAGCCUGGCAUCAGGACCAGUGCUGAUGGCUCUACUUGUGGAGUGGCCAUCGAGCAGGAGCAGGUAAAAGACGACCAACCAAAGUCAGCCAACCUUGUUCAGAGGACUUCUUCCCUGUCAACAGGACGCAGUGGACGUCGACGGACUGGCAAGAAAAGGGCAAGUAGCUUUGAUGCCAGCCGUCACCGGGACUACGUGUCAUUGCGUGGUAUGGCCAAGCCUUGUAGUGCUGUGUUUACUGGGGGUGGAGAGGAGGACUCCAGCGAUCAGAGUGAACUCAGCUGCGCCUCCAGUCUCCACUCCACCCACCACCUAAGCACAGACAGCUCCUCUAGCACCACCUCCCGCUCCUGCCACUCACCAGAGGGCCGCUACAGGGCCCUGAAAGCCAAGCACACUGCAGCCAAUGCAGCCUCCUCCUCCACAGUAAAAACUGCAGCAGGAUCUGAGGCAGUAGUGCGAACUGGAGGGAAGCGGCGCACCUCUCGCCGUACCCCCAGCACAGGCAGUGCCAAAACGCAUGCCAGAGUGUUGAGUUUGGACAGUGGCACGGCCGCCUGCCUUAAUGACCCCAGCCGCCUGGGAGCUCCAGCUGGGCCUCGACCCCUUACCACCUCCAAAUCGGACCUGGAAGCCAAAGAAGGGGAAGUCCUGGAUGCGGCAUCCCUACUGGGUCGGGCCUCCCAGCUGGAGUCAGUGACCCGCUCCAGAAACAGUCUGCCCAACCAGGCAGCCUUCACUGAGCCUCAGGAUGCCACCGCUGCUUCCCUGCGGGCUCUCAAACAAAGGAAACACAUCCACGCUGACUGGCCAACCAUGUUUUUCACCACGACAGCCCCAGGGAGCGAGGAGACGGUCAUAUUUCGGCGUGAACGUAGCACGUUUCGUCGGCAGGCGGUGCGGCGGCGGCACAACGCAGGGAGUAACCCCACACCUCCCACCUCUCUCAUUGGAUCUCCUCUCAGUCUUCAGGAGGCUCUCAGCCAGGCCUCCCAGCCUUCUACUUCCCAGGUGAAAAGUCAGCCGUCUAGAACCCCGUCCCAGGUGACCGUGCUGAGCGCAAGCGCCUCCCUGCUGGCCAGGAAUGGAAGCACACACCUGGAGGGUUCUCAGGACAAGGCCUCAACGGUUGGCACUACCAGCUUGCAGGAUGACUUCGGAAAACUCACUCCCUCCUUGUAUGAGGCUGGCGGGUGUGACAUGUCCUUGGUCAAUUUUGAACCUGCAACCAGACGAGCCUCCAAUAACGUAUGGGACACCGACUCCCACCUCUCCAGUUCUACCUCAGUUCGCUUCUACCCUCAUGACCUGUUCUCCCUCCCUCAGAUCCGUCUGAACCGUCUGCUGACGAUGGACCCAGAGCUGCUGGAGCAGCAGGAUGGAGAUCUGAGUCCAGAGCUUCAGGAUGCGCCGCCGGGCCAAGAGGACUCUGCAGCCACCACUGCUGCUGGCAAAGCCAGGCAGUACUAUCGCUUGUGGCUUCUGCCCUACCUGUGGGUCGGACUGCACUUUGACCGGCUCACCCUGCUGGCACUGUUUGACAGGAACCGUGAGGUUUUAGAGAAUGUGCUGGCGGUAGUGCUGGCUGUCCUGGUGGCCUUCCUGGGUUCAGUGCUGCUGGUCAACGGCUUCUUCACUGACAUCUGGGUCUUUCAGUUCUGCCUCGUCAUUGCAAGUUGCCAGUAUUCCUUACUAAAGAGUGUUCAACCAGACUCCUCUUCCCCUCGACAUGGCCAUAAUCGUAUCAUAGCAUACAGCCGGCCUGUCUACUUCUGCCUGUGCUGUGGCCUCAUUUGGCUGCUCCACUACGGCAGUCUGAGGAUCACUUCAUCUCGCAUAACCCUGUACGGAGUCGCACUCACCAGCUCCCUGGUACUCGCCUCUGCCAGGGACCUUGUCAUAGUCUUCACUCUGUGUUUUCCCAUCAUCUUCUUCGUGGGGCUGCUGCCACAAGUCAACACGUUCGUCAUGUAUCUCUUUGAGCAGCUGGACAUCCAUGUGUUCGGGGGCAACGCCUCCACAAGCCUUCUGUCAGCGCUGUACAGCGUCCUGCGCAGCAUCGUCACCGUCGCUCUGCUUUAUGGCUUCUGCUACGGAGCUCUGAAGGAGACCUGGGAGCCUCACCACAUCCCCGUGUUAUUCUCCGUUUUCUGCGGCCUCUUGGUGGCAGUGUCUUACCACCUGAGCCGGCAAAGCGGCGACCCCUCUGUCCUCAUCUCGCUGAUACAGACUAAGCUUUUACCCAAUUUAAAAGACAAGAACCCAGAGGACCCUCUUUCAGAAGUACAGGACCCUCUGCCAGAGAAGCUGAGGGCCUCAGUGAAUGAACGUCUGCAGUCUGACCUGAUCGUCUGUGUGGUCAUCGCUGUCCUUUACUUCGCCAUCCAUGUCAGCACGGUGUUUAUAGCGCUGCAGCCUUUCCUGAGUUAUGUCCUGUAUGCUCUGUUGGGGACGGUGGGGUUGCUCACCCACUACCUGCUGCCUCAAGUCCGCAAGCAGCUGCCCUGGUACUGCUUCUCUCACCCUCUGCUCAAAACGAAGGAAUACUAUCAGUUUGAAGUCAGGGAUGCGGCUCAUGUGAUGUGGUUCGAAAAGCUUCACGUGUGGCUGCUGUUCGUGGAAAAGAAUGUCCUCUAUCCACUCGUCAUCCUUAACGAGCUGAGCGGCAGCGCCAGAGAGCUCGCCAGUCCAAAGAAACUUGACACAGAGGUCGGCGCUCUGAUGAUCACAGUGGCGGGCCUGAAGCUACUUCGUUCCUCCUACAGCAGUCCCACCUACCAGUACGUAACGAUCCUCUUCACCGUCCUCUUCUUCACCUUCGACUACCGUCAUCUGUCAGAGACGCUGCUGCUCGACCUCUUCCUCAUGUCCAUCGUUUUCAGCAAGAUGUGGGAGCUGUUCUACAAGCUGCACUUUGUCUACACCUACAUCGCCCCCUGGCAGAUCACAUGGGGGUCGGCCUUCCACGCCUUUGCUCAGCCCUUUGCUGUGCCUCACUCUGCUAUGCUGUUUGUCCAGGCUGUAGUGUCUACAAUCUUCUCCACUCCCCUCAACCCAUUCCUGGGCAGUGCCAUCUUCAUCACCUCCUACGUCCGCCCUGUCAAGUUCUGGGAAAGAGAUUACAACACCAAAAGAGUGGAUCACUCUAACACCCGGCUGGCCUCUCAGCUGGACAGAAAUCCAGGCUCUGAUGACAACAAUUUGAACUCGAUCUUCUACGAGCACCUUACCCGCUCCCUGCAGCACAGCCUGUGUGGAGACCUCCUCCUGGGCCGCUGGGGCAACUUCAGCACCGGUGACUGCUUCAUCCUGGCCUCCGACUACCUGAACGCUCUGGUGCACCUUAUAGAGAUCGGCAACGGCCUGGUCACCUUUCAGCUGCGAGGGCUGGAGUUCAGAGGAACUUACUGCCAGCAGAGGGAAGUGGAGGCCAUCACCGAGGGCGUGGAGGAAGACGAGGGCUGCUGUUGCUGUGAGCCGGGCCACCUUCCUCAUAUUCUGUCCUUUAACGCCGCCUUCGGACAGCGCUGGCUGGCCUGGGAGGUACUGGUCACCAAGUAUGUACUGGAGGGCUACAGCAUCACCGACAACAGCGCAGCCUCCAUGCUGCAGGUGUUCGAUCUACGACGCAUCCUCACCACCUACUACGUCAAGGGUAUCAUCUACUAUGUGAUCGCUUCCCCCAAACUGGAGGAGUGGCUGGCUAAUGAGACCAUGAAAGACGGCCUGCGGGGUUGCGGGGAGAGGAACUACGUCGACCUGGAUCCUACCUUCAAUCCCAACAUCGACGAGGACUACGACCAUCGGCUCGCAGGCAUCUCUAGAGACAGUUUCUGUGCAGUCUACCUGGGCUGGAUCCAGUACUGCAACUCUCGACGUGCCAAGCCGCUGGACAGUGAGAAAGACUCGCCUCUGGUGCUGCUGUGCUUCGGCCUGUGUGUGCUGGGAAGGAGAGCUCUGGGAACAGCAGCCCAUCAUAUGUCCAGCAACCUGGAGUCUUUCCUUUACGGACUUCAUGCGUUAUUUAAAGGAGAUUUCCGCAUCUCUUCAGUGCGAGACGAGUGGAUUUUCGCAGACAUGGAACUGCUCAGGAAAGUUGUGGUGCCUGGAAUCCGAAUGUCUCUCAAAUUACACCAGGACCACUUCACGUCCCCCGAUGAGUACGAUGAACCGGCUGUUCUUUUCGAGGCCAUCUCCUCCCACCAGCAGAACCUGGUCAUCGCUCACGAGGGCGACCCAGCCUGGAGGAGCGCUGUGCUGUCUAACGCCCCGUCACUCCUCGCCCUGCGCCACGUACUCGACGAAGGCACCAAUGAGUACAAAAUUAUUAUGCUCAAUCGACGAUACCUCAGCUUCCGUGUCAUCAAGGUGAAUAAAGAAUGUGUCCGAGGCCUUUGGGCAGGGCAGCAGCAGGAGUUGGUGUUCCUCAGAAACAGAAACCCGGAGCGCGGGAGCAUCCAGAACGCCAAGCAGGCUCUGCGGAACAUGAUCAAUUCUUCUUGUGACCAGCCCAUCGGAUAUCCCAUCUACGUAUCUCCGCUGACCACCUCCUACUGCAACUCACACCCCCAGCUCGGACACAUCCUGGGAGGUCCCAUCAGCAUCGGGAACAUCCGCAACUUUGUUGUCAGCACCUGGCACAGGUUACGGAAAGGCUGCGGUGCAGGCUGUAACAGCGGAGGGAACAUCGAGGAUUCAGAUGCAGGGGGGCUGUCCUGUGGCAGUGGGAACGGGACCGGGGGCGAGUCCCAGCAGAGCUCAGCAUCGCAGGGUGUAACUUCCGGACCUGUCCCUCCUCAUUCGUAUCAGCCGCACACUCUGGGCACCAGUCAGAGUUCUCAGUCUGUUCAGUCUGGUUUGGUGCGCCACUCCCCUGCACGAGCCUCCGUUGCCAGCCAGUCGUCCUCUUACCGCUACAGCAGCAGCCGCCACUCCUCCCUGCGCACCUCCACCACAGGCCUGGAGCCCUGCCGACGUUCCUCCACCAGCCAGCUGUCUCUGCGCACGCUCCCCACCUCCCUGCAGCUCCGGCUGGGCUCCACCUCCGACCCGGCCGGACCCUCCGCCUCCCUUUCCAGCCACAGCAUCCCUCCCUGCAAACGCCACACGCUGGUGGGCCUCCUGGGUAACGACGGCCUGUGCAGCACCGUGACCGAUCCUCUCAGCCAGCAGCAUCAUCACCAUCACCACCACCCACAACAACACAACCCCACCGUCUCCACCGUGCGCAGAGAUGACAUCUCCUACAGAGUGCAGAUUGUGGAUGUGAGUCAGGUGCUGGAGACCAUAAACUUAUCGAAGCGUAAAGAGCUGCAGUGGCCUGACGAGACCGUAAGACUGAGGGCAGGACGGACCUGCUGGAGGGACUGGAACCCCAUAGAGGGCAUGGAAGGACAUGUGAUUCACCGGUGGGUGCCUUGUAGCCGAGACUCAGCCAGUCGCUCCCAUAUCGACAAGACCAUCCUGCUGGUACAGGUGGAUGAUAAGCUAGUGCCCAUUAUUGAGACUGGAGUUAUUGAGUUGGGUGCAGAGGUCUGAGACGAGCAAGCACACGUCACACGUUUAACACUUGGUGUGAAGACGAAGCCAGACCUCCCUGGCUUUCAGCAGGACGCGGGAACCUGCAUACAAAAAAAAAAAGGAAACGGGAGCUCUCCCCCCUCCCCCGUUCCUUAUCGCUGAGGGGGAAAGGAAGCCAGGGAAAAGUGCAAGCAGAGGCAGAGUAUACAUUCAUCCAACAUCCUUUACUGCAUCGACGCACACCCACAGUAUCUGCCUUGCUUUGCAUCUUAGAAAUGCUGCAUGACAGUAAAAAAAAAAAAACCCUUAAGUUAAGUUAGUUCUUGCUACUGGUAAUUACUUUCUAUGCAUUUCAUUGACUUUUGUUGGCAAUUCUGACAAAGCUGAGUGUAAAGAGUGUGUGGAGAUUUUUUUGUGUGUUUUGUUUGUCUUUAAAUAAUUUUGCCAAAUAAGCCUGGUAUUGAAUAUCUGCCAUUGGUUUCAUACAUGUGAAAAGCUUUUUUUUUUUUUUUUUUUCCCGCUGCCAAGACGACAGAGGAAGUUGUGGUGCAGAACAGACUGAAGUCAGAGACGUACCGGUGCUGCGCUCAACAGACUUCUCUGUUUCAUUGUUGUCAUUCCGUUCGGAUUAGUUUGAAAUUUGCAAGAUUACUUUGCGCAAAGAAAACAGAACUUGCACUAUAAUUUUUUUUUUAUUUACAGCGAUGCACUACAAUCUUUAGAUAAUAUCACUUUUUAUUUAUUACAGACUUUGAAUGGCCAUGGUUACCGAUGCCUUGGGAAUGAAAAAAAUGCAAUCAUCAUUCUGUUUUCAGCCAUUUUUAUUUCACUAUUUUAUGUUUGAUAAACUUGAAAGUAACUUUUUACUGUAUAUGAUUAUAUAUAUAUAUAUAUCUAUAUAUAUAUUUACACAAAUAUAUAUAUAUACAGUAUAUAUAUAAUGUCAAUGUAUAAAAGAUUUUGUUUUCAAUAUUUAUUACUGUGAACAUGGUAUUUACACUUUGUUACUUUUUUUUUUCAUUUUGGGACAAAGGUUAAUGUGUUAAGGACCAUUGGUUGAAAACAAGAUGCCGAAUUUUUGAUGGACUGUUUCACUAUUUAACUUAAUUCUUUUCUAUAUUGAAAAAUAAAAGUUUGAUUUAUUGCUGACAUCUUUAA